GAUAGGUUCUCCCNACCCUGNCACAGGAGCACUCUAUAUUACCAGCCUGAGAGGAGCCUCUAGCUUCACACCCCAGGACCCUGUCUCCAGAAGCAAACAGCUAGACUCAUCCCCAGUUGGAGGAAAGCUUGCCAGCUUUGGAAUCACUGUUGGAAGAGAUGUCGAUGAGCCUAGGUCCUUUGUUGUUGGUCUUCGUGCUGGGUCUGGUUGUGAUCCCUCCCACUCUGGCUGAGAAUGAAAGGUACAAAAAAUUCCUGACUCAGCACUAUGAUGCCCAUCCAGGUGGCCGGGAUGACAGAUACUGCAACAAGAUUAUGGAUGAAAGAGAGCUAACCUCACCUUGCAAAGAGGUCAACACCUUUGUCCAUGAUACCAAGAACAACAUCAAGGCCAUCUGUGGAGAGAAAGGAAGCCCUUAUGGAGACGACUUAAGAAUAAGCAAUAAUCCCUUCCAGGUCACCACUUGCAAGCACUCAGGAGGGUCUCCCCGGCCUCCAUGCGAGUACCGAGCUUCUAAAGGGUUCAGAUAUAUUGUUAUUGGCUGUGAGGAUGGCUGGCCUGUCCACUUCGAUGAGUCUAUUAUCAAUGCAUAGACAGCAGGCCCCUGGCACAGGCCUAGCUCUCUUUUCCUUUUAUCUCUGCUCACAGCCAUGAUCAGUGGUUCAGCGUUCACUGUCUUGGGCCAGAAAAUGAAUUAUCUGAAAUAUCCUUCUCCUGAUUUAUAAUUCACAGAAAUAAAGAUAUCUCAAAAACC